AUGCGGGCUGUUCCUCAGUCAUCUAUUCCGGCCAUUAUAUCUAUCUUAUCGGACUCGGCGCUUUUACUUUGUUUCAAGUUACAAGACUCUCGCAUCGCAGUUGUAUCGUCUACUGCAGCAGCUACACUUCGGCAAUUAGUUAUGUUCGUUUUUGACAAGGUGGUUGUCGAGCAGAGGCAACGCUCGUCCGUAGAUGCCCAAGCAAGUCAAAUACCAGCGAAACUAGCACAGCUUCCCGACGGAUCUUCAGCGAAACUAGCUCCUUCUGCACACGACGCGUUCGCUAUUUUCCAAGACCUCUGCUUACUGGCAAACUCAGAGCGACCACUAUAUUUGCAGUUAGAGACACUACCGAAAACUUUCUCAUUGGAACUGAUCGAGAGCGUUCUCACAAAUUAUUAUGAGCUUUUUAAAAGUCGCUCCGAGUUACUCAUGCUUCUGAGGCACCACCUAUCCCCACUCCUGCUCAAGUCACUAUCAGAUCGACCUCACUUUCCUCUUACGCUUCGUUCCACAAGAGUUGUUUUUUUGUUACUGAAGCAGUUCUCUGUUGAGCUUGAAACAGAAUCAGAGGUUUUUCUUAUGCUUUUCAUCAAGGUUAUUGCCGGAGACUCUGAUAUUGGUGAAUCACCCCGCCCUCACUGGAUGCGUGUUCUUUCCAUGGAGAUUGUUCGUGGACUUUGCAGCGACGAAGAUCUUAUGCGUGGAAUUUGGGAACGGUACGACUCCCGUGACUCUGGGAGUUCUGGCGUCUUUGCUGCUCUAAUAACAUCUCUACGACGCCUAGCUACCGAGAAACCAGGACUACUUGGAGUGAACUCCCAAAUGGGUGGUGUUGGUGUGUCUACUCGUGAUGCUGCUGCAGAGAUUGCAGGCAGCAAUUCGGUAUAUGGGGGUAACGUAGGUUUAGUGGCCGGAAUGGUGGCAAAUGCAGCUACGUCUACUAUAUCCGGAGUCGUAGGAAUGAUGGCGGGUGGGCCGGGGCUCAGCGUUUCCAGCUCUUCAAUGAAGCUGCAGUGUAUCGAUCAACUCGACAAGGCGGACUCGCCGAUCAUACCUGAAACAUAUAUAUACCUCCUUUCGCUCCAAUGCUUCGUGUCUUUAGCAGAUAGUCUUACUACGUCUACCCUACAACAAUAUACUACUAUCAUGCUGCAGCGCCCACGCGCAGCUGGCGAGGCAAUAAUCCGUGCUCCUCCUGCACUUGACCUAUCAUCCCUACCUGAAUUAGAUUCAAAUGCUCCUCAACUCAAGUCCGUAUACUCCAUGCUGGAGAGUGGCUGGCCUGGACUGCUUGCCGCACUCUCUUUUUUUAUUACGACAAAUCUUUCCGAGGAGCUCUUCGCAGACGUUCUUCUCAGCAUGCAGAGCCUGACAAAUGCGACAGGGGCACUUGGUCUCACCGUACCCCGGGAUGCUUUCAUGACUAGUCUAUCCCGUUUUGCGGUACCGUCAAAGGUAGUUUCUAGCUUGGAAUCAUACGUCGAAUCAUCAGCCCCCAGAACUCCAGGAGUUGUGGACAGUAUGGGUCUUACCGCUCUUUCCGGAGGACCGGCUACUCCGCCCGGCCUAUCUGAUCGUAAUCUAGCAUGCCUGAAAACAUUCAUCUCUAUCACUUUGUUUCUCGCCGGAAGCCUGGGUGUCAGCUGGUUUGACGUUAUCGAACUAUUACAGAAUGCGGACUAUGUGUUGACUGCCAAGGGGGCGCGUUCGAUGAACGCAAGUGGAAAGCGCUCAUCAGUGCUCGGGAAUUCAUCUCUAAGUGCAAAGCUACGGCCCACUGGAGGACCCCCUGCAAUGCCAGGACCUUCUUCAAUCAACUCUGUUCCUCGCCAUCCGUUAUUCGUGGAGUUAGAUCCCGAGGCCAUCUUGACUACGAUGGAAAAAAUAUUUGAUGCAUCGAAAAACCUGGAGGAUUCGGCGUUUGGGGAUUUUAUCCGUGCUCUUUGCAAGCUCAGUGCCGCGAUGGUUGGAAUGCAAUCUGAAAGCAUUCAGAUCGAAAAUACGGAUGACCCCAAGUCAUCAUCUACUAUGCUUCAAACUGUUUCGAGUUCUGAUAAUCUUCAGCGAAGACGUGCGAGUGGUAUCCAUGUUACCCCGGACGGACUAGCCUAUCGUGACCCGGAGGUAGCUUGGAACGCAAUUACGAAACACUUAUUGUCCAUCGUUGCCAAGGGGGCCGCUCCUCCUAGCAUUCGCAUGCAAGCAGCUGAAGUAUUGGAUGAGAUAUUGACUAUUGUACCGCGCAACCUCUCAACGACGGGUGAACUCCAGCCCCAGGUCCAGAAUAGAGUUCUCGAUGCCCUUUCUGCGCAGGUAACACUUGAGGGCCAGUCGUCAACUGCGAUCGAUAUACGCAAACUAGGAUUGGAAACAUUACAUACUAUACUUCAAUUUUCCGGCCAUACGCUUGUCACAGGGUGGGGUACGAUUUUUGCGAUGCUUGGAAAUGUAUGCAAGCCGAGUGCUCCCCCGAGUAUUACGCAAGCGGACGAUGUUAUUUCUAUGAAAUCCCCUGCGUCGAGCGUUCCUUCCACUCCUCGGCUAUUCAAGCCACCUCCACUGCAGCCCAAGAAUAGUAAUGUGCUUGUGCGAAUAGCUUUCCAGUCUAUGACACUGAUGUGUGACAAUCUCGACGCAUUAUCGCCAGAACAUCUCAGGCUAUGUAUCACGACUCUCGGUCUCUUCGGCCGCCAGCCCGACACUAACAUCUCAUUGACUGCUGCAGAAAGUUUGCUAUGGAGUGUUUCUGACUCGGUUCAAGCCAAGCGAAGCGAUCCAGAAAAGGAGGAAGAAUACAGUCAGCUUUGGAUGUUCUUGCUGCUCGAGUUACUUGGUUUAUGCUCCGAUUCACGCUCGGAAGUGCGAAAUGGUAGUAUACAAACGCUUUUCCGAACGCUUCAGUUUUAUGGUGCGACACUCAGUGCCGGAACUUGGAACGAAUGCAUGUGGAAAAUUGUGUUUCCACUCAUGUCUACAUUGACCACAGCAGUGGAACAGGCCCUUGUUACGCUGUCCCCCGAAGUGGCUCCCGGAUUCAACCAUUCUAACCCAGUGUCCAAAGCUUGGUACGAAACUAAAACACUUGCAUUCCAAUCCAUUGCCUCAAUACUGGGUGACUUUCUAACAACAAAAAUAAUGUACCUUGAAGAUUACGACCGAGGUUGGGCUAGGUUCCUGGACAUUGUGACAGACUCGGUACUAGCGGAUGAUCACACUACAAGCACCGCUGCCUUGCGCUGUUUAGAAAAAGGGUUGCAUAGUAUGAGCAAGACAGAGGGGGAAGCAUCAAACACGGCCACUAACUCUAAAGAACAAAUAUGGGCCGCCUGUGACAAGAUAGGCUCAGCCAUUGAACAGCAUACAUCUCCCUCAGGGCUAGCGUUUACUCAAGAUUGCCUCCAAGCUUUUGUUGACAUCAUCAAAGCGUUGCAUACCGCAAGCCACUCACACUGGAACCUUGACAGAUUCAAGCGGUGCCUGGCCAUCUUGAAAUCUGUGAUCGCGUACCCAGGCUCACGAGACUAUAGACCAGACAUUGACGGCCUGACCCCUGUACAGUCAGCUGUAUUGGAUACAGUGUUGGACUUCGACCUUAAUCUACCUGGAUUACCCUCGCUGGUGCUCACGGACCUAUCCGAGUUUGCUACGCUUGCAUUUCUAGCCGCUUUCGAUGUGCCAGACAUAAAUGCGGGCGGCGACGCACGCAAAUCACCCCGGCGCGUCACAUACAUUGGGCUUGCAAAGCGAGUUAUGCCAAUAGUUGUUGAAGUAUAUGGUCGCUUCAAGGCGACGGCAGAUAUCUACGAAGACGGCACCCUUAAUCGUAUGCUUUCCGCAUAUUCUAUCCCUAUCAAACUUAAAUACGAUUGUCCUGCGCCCUCAAAGUUUGGGAAUGAUCUUCCACUGUGGAAAACAGCAACAACCUGUGUACUCCAUAUUAUCAAAGAUAGUACCUUCGAACUGCCCAAAAUAAACACAGAGGUCUCCGAUAGCCGAAUCGAGGCUAUUUGGAGACAAAUAAUUGAUGUGUUCAGAGGAGGGCUUCUGGCAGAUUGCUCUACGGCCGAGUCUCUUCCACUCGACGUCCAAGAUGCCGAAGAAAACUUCGACCUCGCAUUGCUAUCAUCACUUGAAGUUGAUGUCGUACCACAUCUCGGAGGCACACGAGUACCAGACUAUGUCAUCACCCAGUUUGCUCGUAUUCUACACGCCGCCAGUACUCUACAUGCUAUUGGGGACUCAGAUGUGAAGUCUAACGUGGAGAGUGAAUCAUGGGAGGACGAAGAUGCCACGACACAAAGCAUGCGGCCCGUCCCGCGCGAACGAUUCGCUUAUUGGGCUUUUGAUCUACUUGCCCUAGUCUGUGCGAUUGUUGAGACAGAUCAUGCACCAGAACGGAGACGCGUAGCGGCGCUUUGUUUGCCACUAUUCCUGGAGCGAUGUGAAAGCGUACUCGUCAAGUAUGCGAAGGACGAGGCAAUACGUGGGAACGUUCCGUUUCCUAGGGUCCGGGAGGAAGAGGUUCUCUAUGUGCUUCGUCGCUUGCUCAAGCAUGAACUUUGGAGUGGCAGUCUAUGGGCAGCGUACUCCGAUAGCCCUUCCAAAUAUGCCACGAGUCAACCACCCGUCGAUUUGACUUUACCGCCUGGAUUACUUGUCGCCGACGCAGCACGCCGCUCCCCGCGCGCACACUUACACAAGCUAUUUCAGGCACUUGUUGACAUUGCCUCACUGGAUGCAGCGGCAAAGAUUGUAGGUGAAGCGGAUGACGGAGAGAGGAUUAGCGCGCGAGAGUUGGCCAGACUGUGCUUGCGAGCUGUCGGGACUGAGCUGGGCGCCGGGGGACGAGCUCCAUAA